AUACAUACGCAAACAAUUUGGAUGGUGAUAGAGAGUGCUUGCAAGCUAGCUUUUUUUUUGUCAUACCACUAUAUACUAAUCAUUUAUGUCCUAGUUUGCACUCAGGUUUUCUUUCUAACAUGUUGCAAAUACCCGUGACGACGGCUUCUGGUACCUGCGCGCUGCAUACUGGAAGCUCGGGGUUCUGGCUCGGCGGCGCUUUCACUGCCGGGCAUAUUGGCUGCAGAUUGAACAAGAAAUUACAGGACACGACAAAUUAUCCAGAACUAUUCACAGAGGUGCUGUUUGUCGGUGCUCUUAUUGUAAGGCACGACCUCUUGGAGUCCUGGUGCUGGCAGGCGGCGGGAUUCUCCGGAACAGCGAAACGGCAUCGGCGGCCAGCAAACAGACGACCACGUUGGCUGUUCUUGCGCCGCCUGUUCAAUCCAAGGACGGGGAUUGGGCAGGGGGUCGUUGAAAAAGAUGACUGGGCGAAGGGGACGGAGGCGAGGGCGGCGGAGGGUCACUGGAGCUGCAGUCGGGCGAUGGGAUUCCUGAGAAAAAUGAGAUGGCGGCGGCGGCCAGCAAGCAGACCUCCGCGUCCGCUGUGCUUGCGAUGCCGGGUCGAUCCAAGGAGGGGAAUCGAUCAGCGGGUCGUAAAGAGGAGGAAGCUGGGGGUCGGGGCGAAGGGGAGGAUGGCCUGGCCGCCGGAAAUGGAGGCAGCGACUAGCCCUUGUCGCCACACACCAUGGAUAGGCAUGAAUCAGGGGACAAGGGGAAUACCAAUUCGGGAUGGGCUGGCUCGCGAAAACGUGAAGUGGAGCAGGAUGUGCCUAGUGACGUGUAUAACAACUUGGACACGGGUAGUUAAGACGGCAGAUGUUGGGACGUAAGCUGCGCAUUUUCACGUCUCUUGUGCAUUUGCUAGCUACUGUACAAGGACAUCAAGUUAACAAAGCGUUGCCCGGUUUUUACGGAGUGGAUAUUCAGAAGCUCAUUGGCUCAUAACAACCUCGUCGUUCUCUGGUGAUGAACAUUAGCCACAACCAGAUAUCUUCCAUUGCUGCAGUUGUGGCGCAGUUGAGAAUUGUUUCUCUUAAUGUUGCUUUGCUCAUGGUAGUGGCAGGAUAGGAUCUCAUCGAUGCAAUAUUUGGUUAUUGUGUGCUCCAGCCAAGGAGCUGAUGACCUAGGACUCAGUAGUCUGUUUGAAAAAUUAUUAACAUGAUCGCCAAGAUGAACUAGAAGUCUAUACCGGUAGUUGAAGCACAAAGUUCACGGUUGUUUAUGCAUAGAAAACAUGAUAUGUUGUUGUACCAACAUUGGAAAA